AGUUUAGUUUCUCUGAGUAACAUACUGAUUUCUGUCUUAUAUCUCAUAUAUUGGUCCCACAUGAUUGAAUCUUGGGGUGCAUGGUAGUUUAGUGGUUAACACGUACGCCCCACGCUACCAGGUUUGGGGGUUCGAUUCCCACUGCUGUCCUGUGUGUGUGGAGUUUGCAGGUUCUCGCUGUGGGGGUUUCCUCCGGGUACUCUGGUUUCCUCCCAAUCCAAAGACAUGCAUGGUAGGCUGAUUGGUAUGUCCAAAUUCUCCGUGGUGUGUGAUUGUGCCCUGCGAUGGAUGGAUGACUGGAUCUUACUUUUAACUGCUUAAACUAUACAAAUUGACUUCUUUAAUAUAUUAAAUUUGCUUAAAAAUAUACCAUAACAUCUAAUAAAGUCAUAUUGUCUUGUAAAAGUGAAAUGUAUGCUUUUUUAUUUGUAUUUUUUAACCAGUUUCCAAUCUGAGCAUGAGUGCGGUUACUACCUUACUAAAUAGUACGCCACCUCUGAUAACUAUAGUAGCUUGUAAUAUCGAUGGAGUACUGUUCUGACACACUGUUUAGUAUGGUAGUAUAGUGUCAUUUUGGCCGUAGCCAAUAAAACAUCAGUGUUUACGGAAGUGUAACACUAUUGGUCGAUGUAGGGCGUGUAGCGUGACGUCACUGAACGCGGAAGUGAACGCUUGGUUCUAAACUAAUGUAAACAUUUCGUUAACCGAGUGCUCUUGAAUUUUCGUUAGUCUUUGGACACAUUACGCUUUUAACAGAGGGGGUAUUAUAACUAUAUUAUAAUUAUUUCGUCUUAAAACCUUCAACAGCGCGACACAGACCUCGAAAAUUCCCGAGAACAAUGUCUUCUGUCGAUAUCCAUUCCCAGUUAGCGUCCAUACUAGAAAGGUUUGCAAAAGGUGCGCUGGUAGAGAUGACCAAACUCAUAGACAAGGACUCGGCGCUUUUACGCGCGGAGAUAGCGCGCAGACAAAUGGAGGUCGAGGCGCUUUUGUGUAAACUGCAGUUCGCAGAGAGUGAGCUGAGAUCGGCGCGCCAGGCAGCAGCUUCACGCCAGUCCGCUCCCAAUCGCCGAUCGGUGGCUGUACAAGUUACCAUCACGGCUGCACUGCAAGACUGUAAGGAAACGCACACAGACACGCACAUAGAUACUUCUUCAGUGCAUUCUUCUAAUGCAAAGCAGGAGGAUAGAGCAGAAUCGUUUCAGAUCAAAGAAGAGAGGACCGAGCUGAUGCCAUGGGACAAUGCAGAUGAGAUAGAGGAGACUCGUGUUUGCUGGGAGGAUGAGCGAAAUGCAUCCAACACAUCAGGUCGUAAUGAAGCCAAACCUGGUGUUAUUUGGGAUUCGCCUGAUUUAGAGGAUUUCACCAUGAGACCUGAGGCAUCACAAGACACUACUAAUACAGUUCCUGGGCAUCACAGCACAAAUGCAUCCCCAAAUCCAAGAGAGGAUAACAGCGUUCACUAUGAAUAUCAGCAAAGCACAGAAUGUGAUGCUGGACAACAGAGACUCAGUCGGUUGAUUAACACUAACAAUACAGCGCUUCCUCCAGUCAGCGAGCAGAGAGGUGAUGGGGUGGGGACGGGGGAGAAGAGUUCAUGCUGUGCUCAGUGUGGUAAAACUUUCACCACGCGCUUCUACUUGAAGAUCCAUCAGCGCAUCCACACGGGCGAGAGGCCCUACACGUGCCUACAGUGUGGCAAGCGCUUCUACUGUAACUCCCACCUCAUUUCACAUCAGCGCUGCCACACAGGAGAGAAGCCCUAUAGCUGCGAGGAAUGUGGCAAGUCGUACUCUCAUUUAAACUCAUUGAAACUGCACCAGCGCAGCCACACCGAGGAGGAGGUCUGCAACUACUGGUGACUUUGAAAGCCAGAUUUGGCCUUUUGGCCGAUUGUCUCACAUACAGCAUUAACUGAUUAUACAAUAUGGCACAAAAUUUUACAUGCACAAUAUGGUUACUGUGGACAAUGUAUAAUCUUGACUUCUAAGUUCAAUUUGAAAGCAAAUGGACAUUUUUUUUGACCAAGGAAUUGCUAACUAUGGAGUAAAAAAAUCCAGUACUGUGAUAAUGUAACCCCUGAUAAAAGUUUAGGCAAGAAUCAAAUUUCAUUUAGUCACAAAGCCUAGUUUUAAACAUCAGUAUUGUGGAGAAAUAGCCACCUUAUCUUCCACUUACAAUAAAUUUAUUUGAUUAGCCAAGACUUGUUUGGUGUCUAAAGUUUUCUUUUCUUUUUUCUUUUUUUUAAAUUACUUUAAUAUAGAUUUGAAGUAAAUGACAUAUCCAACAGUUUAGCAUUGUGUAAACUGAAUGUUUAAAUCAUCACACACCUCAAAAGACAUAACAAUCUUGUACACUCACUCACUUAUACACUUGUCACUAGCAUUUGUACCUUUAUUAUGUAUCUUUUAUGUAGAAAGGUGCAUGUAGUGUACCUAUAACGCUUUACUUUAAACACAAAUUAUGUAAUGGACCUAAAAUAAUUUUUAAAGCUACACUAUAUAAAAAUAAACAUAUUAAAGGUACCAGUGACAAGAAAAUGUACAGUUUAGUACAAUUUUUUUUUUUUUUUUUUCUGAGUGUAACAUAAAACCCCAUCUUUCACAGAGAGUGACCAAGUGCACUGAGAAAGGAAGUGAUUUGGCUUCAAGAUGGCUGCUAUGAUUAUUUCUUGUUCAACAUACGCUUGUUCAUUGUUCUAGAUAACCAUGUCAGAAACCACAUAAACAUGUCUAAGUUUCUGAACAACAAUUAAACAUACACUGAGAUGCGAGUGUGAUGAUAUAUGCAAACAGUUUGAACAAUGCUAAAUUGGUAGCUGCAAGCUUCCUUGUUUACAUGUUAAUUACAUGAGCCUCAGCUCCAGUCACUAAACGUGUCUUGGCUGAUCGACAACAUUUGGGAUGAGAAGACAUUUUAGUCAAUUUCAUUUUGACGACUGUUGAAACAGAUUUGUUCAUUUUGAGUUGUGGUUACUUUAAAUAUUUAGUAAAUAUUUCAAUACAUUGUGCAAAAGUUUUUUGGUGUCAUGAAUAUGUUUAAUUUGAAAGAACUUGAAAGAUAUAUAGCAUAUAAUUAUUGACAUUUUGCUUUUCAUUUGUCAUAAAGUAGAGAGCCUCCCAACCAUUAACCCAAAAGAGGAUAAAAUUGAAAUUUCAUUUAAAAGUUGUACACGAUUAAACCUUAAGUCUUAAGUCUAAGGUUUAAAGUAAGACAGUGAGAGAGUUCAUAGUUAUUUAUAGACCUAGACUCUUUUUGAAGAAUGUGCUAUUGAUUAUCCAGGUGGACAGCUAGAGUUAUAGUUUAACUCUGGACAUGCCAGAUUAAGUACUGUUAACCAAAGAGAAUUAUGGGCUUUAAUAAUGACGUUUUAUUACAGUUGUAAAAACACUGUAACUUUUAAAAGGAUAAGACAGUAAUGAUAAUGAAUUAAUGUUAAAGAGGCGCUCUGUGAACUGUAUGGGGCUAUUAGCGAACUGCAGAACACACCCCUGAUGUUAUCAUCACCAGAGAUUUCAACCAUGCGAAUCUCAAAUCAGUGUUCCCUAAAUACCACCAACAUGUGCAACAAGAGGGGUGAACGCGCUGGACCUUGUUUACACAAACAUCUCUGGCGCAGCCCCGCCCCCCACCUCGGCUACUCAGACCACAUCUCUCUUAUGCUAAUCCCAGCAUACAGACCGGUUCUGAAGCAGGUGAAAAACAAAACCUGGCCAGAAGGACCCAUCUCUGCUCUUCAAGACUGUUUUGAUCACACUAACUGGCACAUGUUCAGGGAGCCUGCAACCGGCAGCAACUCCACCAGCUUGGAGGUCUAGAGUGGUGCAGGGAUGACGUCAUUUUGUAAUACCAAAACCCGGAAACGAGUUAGCA